AUGCCCCGCGAUCCAUUGAUUGGGCUGGUGGGCAAGCCAUCAAGUGGGAAAUCCACAACCCUGAACAGUUUGACUGAUGCAACAUCCAAAGUCGGCAACUUCCCUUUCACUACAAUUGAUCCGCAACGAGCUAUCGGAUACCUGCAGAUUGAAUGCGCUUGUCAACGACAAGGUGUUUCAGAUCGAUGCCGACCAAACUACGGUGGCUGCCAUGAGGGACGCCGGUCGGUUCCUAUCGAGCUGUUAGACGUGGCAGGCCUUGUUCCGGGAGCACAUCAAGGUCGUGGAUUAGGAAAUAAAUUCUUGGACGACCUGCGCCAUGCCGAUGCUUUGAUUCAUGUCGUUGAUGUAAGUGGGACCACGGAUGCAGAGGGCAAAGCUACUCGGGGAUAUGACCCUUCAGUCGAUAUUGAAUGGCUACGGUCGGAAAUUGUUCGCUGGGUCCUGGGAAACUUGAUGGAGAAAUGGGGGUCAAUUAAACGGAGACAUGUUGCAACGAAGGCGAAUCCUGUCGACACAUUACAGGGGCAGUUUUCCGGAUAUGGAAGUACUUCUUCCGUCGUUGCACGGUGUUUGGACCGUCUGAACAUGAAAGAGCCGCUUGAGGAAUGGUCAGAUGAAACGAUCGAAACUGUCGUCAGAACUUUCAUUGACGAGAAAUUCCCAACGGUAUUCGCUCUGAACAAGAUCGAUCAUCCCGAUGCGGACAAGAAUAUCAGCAAAAUCGCCAAAAUGCAAGAUCCGAAAUCCAUCGUGCUUUGCUCGGCCAUAUCGGAAGUCUUUCUUCGACGGUUAACGAAACAAGGAUAUAUCAAGUAUGUGGAGGGCAGUGAGUUCUUGGAUACACGAGAAGAUCUGAUCGACAUGGGUGAGCCGGAUGGUGGAGGUCUCAAAGAAAUGGAUGAAAAACUGAAGACUCGCGUUGAGAACUUGAAAGAUAUGGUGCUAUACCGGUUUGGAUCUACUGGUGUUGUGCAGUGCCUUUCACGGGCCGCAGAGCUGCUAGGACUCGUGCCGGUUUUUCCAGUGAGGAAUGUUCAGACCUUCGGCUCUGGAGCAGGCAAUGCUGUGUUUCGCGAUUGCGUUCUGGUCAAGAAAAAUAGCACAGUGGGUGAUGUGGCACGGAAAGUGAUGGGCGACGUGCCCAUUUCCUACAUCGAGGGAAUCGGUGGCACUAGAGUCUCUGAAGAUGACAUUGUUUCGGUGGGAAAACAUGAUAUUCUUUCAUUCAAAGUCGGCCGAUAG